AUGGAGUUGCAGGGAGAGACGGAGCGGGGAGAGGGGGAUUUCGUGGGGAUGGGGCGAUUCGCUGCUGUUGGUACAUCUCGCGUGAUCCCUCCGCGGCACGGAAGCGCUACUAAUCCGUUCCGUCGAUCGAGUCAUAUGGAAGAAGGCGGAGGCCAUGGCGCGGGCGACCGCAUCAGCAGCCUCCCCGACGACAUCCUGUUCUCCAUCCUCCUCCGCAUCGGAUCCACUCGCGCCGCCGCGCGCACCAGCGUGCUCUCCCGCCGCUGGCGCCACGUCUGGGCCCGCCUGCCAGAGCUCCGCCUCGGCACCUGCGACGUGCCGCCAGGGGCGACGCUCCUGGACUCCAUUGACGCCGCCCUCGACGCGUGCUCUGCCCCGGCCGUCCAGCGCCUCGAAGUGGCCAUGUACUGCCAUGGCCUCCGAGUCCACGCGCGCCGCGUCGCGCCGUGGCUACGCUUCGCCUCGCAGCGCCGGGUGGGAGACCUCUAUAUCGAAGUGCCAUCCAAGAUGAAAUUCUUCUUGUCUACUCCUAAGCCCAAGAAAGAGGAGCUCGAGCUUCCUGUGUGCGAUGGGGCGACGAGAAUCACUCUGUCGCUCGAACGACAAUGGAGGCUCCGCCUCUCUCGGGUGGGCUCGUUCACGUCGCUGACCGACCUGCACAUAAGCUGCGCCACCAUGGAAGGCAGCGAGCUUGGCGCCCUUGUGUCCGAGCAGUGCCCGCGCCUGAGGAAUCUCUACGUUUUCGUCAGGCUGGCUGCUGCCUCCAACGUGUCCAUACGCUCCAACUCACUUGACUCCCUGUCAUUCGACGUCGAAAACACCGAGAAGCUAGAAGUCAUCGCCCCUAAGCUUGAAGUACUGACAGUAUGUGAUGCCACGAUGGCAGAUAUCUCUGCCCCAAAGCUGGCCGAGAUAAGUUGGGACGGUGACACUGGCUACGACCCUCUGUGCCACCGCUUUGCCAAUGCUGGUCGUCACCUCCGGCUGCUAGACUUGGGCUCAAAGUGUGUUGUCGCUUCCCUGAUGCAUCGUUUCGACAAAGUUAAUGUGCUGAAACUGAACCUGAACCUCUGCAAUUUUAAGGGAACGGAGGCAUACACAAAUUUCUUGAAUGAAACGAUUGCACUACCCAAGUGUGAGAAAUUAAAGUUACGAGUAUCAUUAAGGGAUUAUGACCACAGCUUCGCGUCAAGCAUGUUUCAUCUCUUGAGGAACUGCAACAGCACAAGGAAGGUUUCAAUAAAGGUCGAUUCUGGCCACUUGACGGUAAUCUCCAUGCUUCUGCAAAUGUGUCCUUUUAUUGAUGGCUUGGUUCAAGGCAACUUUAGUCCUUUCUGA